CGGUUGCAGCUCGAUCAACCAACGGACCGUCCACCCGCCCCUCCGCCCGCUCGGCCGACAGGAACGCGCGCGCGAUCGUCCGGUCCGUUCGCGCUCGGUGACGCCGCAUCUAUCGGAGCAGGGCCGAAGCCGGAGGUGGAGGAUGCCUGCGUCAUCGCGUAUCAUCGGCGAGAUCGAUCGCGGAACAUGAUCGCGCCGCCUCCUCGUUCUCCCGUCUCGCUCUCGCGCCCAGUGAUUCCACGACGCAAGUAGAUUGCCCUGGCGAUCUGGCAGGCCGGCUCUACUUUAAUGGAUGGAGAGAAAGAUUGCCGGCAGAAAAAAGAGGCCCGGGGCGGCCUCCAGUCCCGGAGCGAUGCCCCGGCCUUGGGAAGACCCGAGCCUGCUCCGCUCGUGUCGGGGGAAGAAACGGAUUGGGAGGGCAUGCUCAACACCGAACGGAAUCGGGGGGACCUCGGGGACAUGACGUUCUGCAUGGCCAACUAUCUGAAGGAGACCAUGAAAAUGAUGUUCAUGAUGCGCAGUCAUCAUAUGCUGACUGACGUGAUAUUAGAAGUUGGUUCCGAAUUGUUUCACGCGCAUAAAGUUAUCUUAGCAGCAGCUAGUCCCUAUUUUAAGGCGAUGUUCACUGGAGGUUUGAAGGAAUGCGAGAUGACGAGGGUAAAACUCCAAGGUGUCUGUCCGACCACGAUGGCUCGUCUGAUGUAUUUCAUGUAUACCGGCCAAAUAAGAGUUACUGAGAUUACAGUGUGUUCGCUGCUGUCAGCAGCUACUAUGUUCCAAGUCAGCAAUGUGAUAGACGCGUGCAGUGUUUUUCUGGAAAGGCAACUCGAUCCCACGAACGCGAUUGGAAUCGCCAACUUCGCCGAGCAACACGGCUGCCACGAUCUGUACCAUAAGGCGAAUCAAUUCAUUGUUCAACACUUUAAUCAGAUAUGUCAGGAAGAGGAAUUUCUACAACUAUCCGCUUUACAAUUGGUGACACUUAUAAGGAAGGACGAGCUGAAUGUGCAGGAAGAAAGAGAGGUCUACAACGCCGUGCUCAAGUGGGUCAGGUACAACGAAGAGGCGAGGCGGCCCAAGAUGGAGCACAUAUUGCACGCGGUACGCUGCCAAUAUCUCACGCCGAACUUCUUGCGGGAGCAGAUGAAGAAUUGCGAUGUGCUGAAGAAGGUGCCGGCGUGCCGCGAAUACUUGGCGCAGAUUUUUAAGGAUUUGACACUGCAUAAGAAACCGAUUGUGAAAGAGCGUACACCUAACACGCGGCGGGUGAUAUACAUCGCAGGCGGUUUCUUCAAGCACUCACUCGACGUUCUGGAAGGUUACAACGCUGACGACAAGACGUGGACGCAACACGCCAAGCUUAUCGUUCCCAGAUCUGGUCUGGGCGGUGCAUUUCUCAAGGGGAUGUUCUAUGCGGUCGGUGGCAGACACAAUUCACCGGGAAGCAGGUACGAUAGCGAUUGGGUCGACAGAUAUAAUCCAAUGACAGAUCAGUGGCGACCAUGCAGCCCGAUGUCGGUACCAAGAAACAGGGUGGGAGUCGCUGUUAUGGACGGCCUAUUAUAUGCCGUGGGUGGUAGUGCAGGUGCUGAAUAUCAUAAUAGUGUCGAAUGCUAUGAUCCGGAUCAAGAUACAUGGACUAGUGUGAAAUCUAUGCAUAUCAAGAGAUUAGGUGUAGGAGUAGCGGUAGUGAACAGAUUGUUGUAUGCGAUCGGCGGCUUCGACGGCAAGGACCGGCUUAGCUCGGUGGAGUGUUAUCAUCCCGAGAAUGACGAAUGGACAAUGGUGUCGCCAAUGAAGUGUAGUCGUUCGGGGGCUGGUGUGGCCAGUCUGGGCCAGUAUAUAUACGUUAUAGGCGGAUACGACGGCAAAUCGCAAUUAAAUUCGGUAGAGAGAUACGACACGGAACGUGACGUUUGGGAGAAUGUUAGCAGUGUAACCAUUGCUCGUAGUGCUCUCAGCGUUACUAUCCUCGACGGCAAGCUAUAUGCAAUGGGAGGAUACGAUGGCACGACGUUUUUGAACAUAGUAGAAAUUUAUGAUCCAGCUCAGGACCAGUGGAUCCAAGGCGUGCCUAUGACAUCAGGGAGAUCCGGCCACGCUAGCGCCGUGUCGUAUUAUCAGUGCCCUAUACAUUGCGAUCAUCUGGAUUAUAAUAUCUCGCUGGAAAAACCAUCAUCGUGAUACACGGAGCUCAUACGUUUCUUGGGCAACGCUACUGAAAGCAACUAUAGUCGAAUUCAUUUAUUCGCGGGACAAACAAAAGUGCAAAAAGCAAAAUGAAACUGCAAAAUGAAAGAAGAUGUUCUAAUAAAAGUUCUGUCAAAUAGAACUUGCGAUAAAGUGAGAAAAA